AAUUAAGAUAAGGAUUUCGCAUGAUGUAAAUAUGUUUUUAAGGAAUGUACUUUAAACCAACCUUGAUUUGAUAUGUAGAUAACAAUUCUUUGGACGAUCAAAGGUUAUAUCGUCUAUAUAUUCUAUCAUAUACUUUGUAUGAACUACUAUAGCACAUUCCUGCGAUAAAUAAGUGUAAAAUAGAAUUUGUGGAUUUAUAUGUGAAAACUCAUGAAGCAGUCUAUUGGUGUUCUACUGUUGAACAUCUUUUUAUUAAUCAUCGAAGUGGUUCAACUCGUCUUGAAGUCCUUUUGGUAUAGUAUCGAGUCUCUGUACGAAAACUUUGUGCCACCCACAGUCAAAUCAGUCAGGGAUGACAUCGUAUUGAUCACAGGAGGAGGACACGGAUUGGGAAAAGAAUUAGCCCUCAGAUUUGCUCGUUUGGGAGCCAUUAUUGUGCUCUGGGAUGUCAAUCAGGUUGGGACCGAAGCUGUAGUUCAAGAAAUUAAAGAAUUUAACGGAAAAGCCUUCGCAUAUCACUGUGACGUGAGUAACGAAAAAUGUGUAGAAGAAACUAGCGAAAAAGUAAAGAAAGACGUGGGUCAAGUCUCAAUAUUAAUCAACAAUGCAGGAAUGGUCAAUUGCAGAGAAUUGCUUCAUUUGAGCUGUCAACAAAUUAGAAGAACACUGGAAGUAAACACUUUGGCACACUUUUGGACCAUUCGAGCAUUUUUACCAGAAAUGAUUAAAAAAGAAAAAGGACACAUUGUGGCCAUAUCCUCUUUGGCCGGUCUUUUAGGAAGUACAAAUCUAACUGAUUAUUGCGCAUCGAAAUUCGCCGUCAAUGGUCUGAUGUCGUCUUUAGGAGAAGAACUUUAUUAUAAGAAAAAGAAUAUGAUUAGUUUAACAACGGUGUGUCCCGCUGUCAUUAAUACUGGAUUUGCUCCUUUACCUCCAGUCAGAUUUUCCAGUUUGUUGCCAGUAUUAAAUGUAACAGAAGUUGCUGAUAAAGUAGUAGAUGGAAUUUUACGAAACCGUAGAUUAAUUGUGUUACCUGGAUGGUUAGACUUCUGGACACGUUUAAUGAGAUUAUUUCCCUGGAAAGCACUACAGCUGUUUGGAGUGUCUUUAAACUACAGAAUAGAACCAGUUCGUCAAUCAAAAACUAAGGUUUGGAAGAUACAGGCUAAAAACAAUCAUCCUCCAAGAAUAUCUUAAGAGAGAUUUUCUGUGAAUGCUAAAUACAGCAGUUUAA